GCUGUGAUAGGCAGAGCGCGCAAUGGGGAGAAAUGAAUAAAAACCCCGAGCUGAACCGGUGCCCAGCAUAAUUCCCCGUCUGUGAUCACAGAUACUCCAAGUGAAAGAAACAGGAGAGGGGGGCGAGCGAGGCACUUAAUCAGCGCUGCCUUUUGCAGCAGGCUCGGAGGAGACUGUCUAUAGAUAUUUAUAUAUUUUAAAAAAAAAACCAGAAACCACCUUACACUGAAUAGACCCUUUCUUAAAAAGAAAGUCCUGGCAAGCCUUAAGCAAUUUCCUGAGUUUAAGAAUAGACAUGGGCUGCGCUGCAGGCUGAAAUUUGGAGACCCGGGCUGCUGCUUCCUUCCCCCCCCCCCCCUUUUCAAAUAUAAAACCCUGCCAUUUGGAAACUGGAUUUUAAUUUUGCACUUUUAAACUGCAGGGUUUGGCUGGUUUUACUUUUUUUUUCUCUUCCAGGCCCUCUGCUCGCUCUUUUCAACUUAAACAAACUCUCUGUCCUCCUCCAGUAGAAACACAUUUUACCUGCAUGUGACAAUCCCAAAGGAAACUGAGCAACGAAGAGAGGGGAAGCAACUUAUCUUUUGCACAAUUUCAUUCCUCCCCCCCCUUUUUUUUGGCUUGGGGGGGAAGAAGGAUCUUUCUCGGCCAAGGUUUUCUUUCCCCCGGGUUUUUGGAAGGGGGUUGAAGACUGUUCCCCCUGCUGGGGGGGGAGCAAGAAGGGGUGUUGCCCUAAAGUCUCUUGGUGCGGUGUGGAGAAGAGCCGCGUGGGGGGUGGUUUGGGGUUUCCUGCCCUGCCUGGAGCAAGAGGAUGGUGUGGAAAUGGCUGGGCGCGCUGCUGCUUUUCCCGGUGCAGAUGGUCUAUUUGGUGAUCAAAGCUGCCGUGUGCGUGCUGCUGCCGGCCAGGCUGCGGGACUUGUCCCGGGAGAACGUGCUGAUCACCGGAGGGGGCAGAGGCAUCGGGCGCCACCUGGCCCGGGAGUUUGCGAAACGAGGAGCCAGAAAGAUCAUCCUCUGGGGUCGAACCGAGAAGUGCCUGAAGGAGACCACAGAAGAGAUCAGGAUGAUGGGGACCGAGUGCCAUUACUUCAUUUGUGACGUAGGAAAUCGAGAGGAAGUCUAUCAGCAGGCCAAAGCUGUCCGGGAAAAGGUGGGUGAUAUCACCAUCCUCGUGAACAAUGCUGCCGUCGUUCAUGGUAAGAGCUUGAUGGACAGCGAUGACGAUGCUCUACUCAAAUCACAACAUAUAAAUACCCUGGGACAGUUCUGGACCACCAAGGCCUUCCUGCCACGGAUGCUGGAGCUGCAGAAUGGGCACAUUGUUUGCUUGAACUCUGUCUUGGCCUUGUCGGCCAUCCCUGGUGCCAUUGACUAUUGCACCUCCAAAGCCUCUUCCUUUGCCUUUAUGGAAAGCCUGACCUUGGGCUUGCUGGACUGCCCCGGAGUGAAUGCUACAACAGUCCUGCCAUUCCACACCAGCACAGAGAUGUUUCAGGGCAUGAGAAUAAGGUUCCCCAAUCUAUUCCCCCCCCUGAAGCCGGAGACUGUGGCCAGGAGAACAGUAGAAGCUGUUCAGCUGAACCAAGCCUUCCUCCUCCUUCCGUGGACAAUGCAUGUACUUGUCAUUUUGAAAAGCAUUCUCCCUCAGUCAGCACUUGAAGAAAUCCACAAAUUUUCUGGAAGCUACACUUGCAUGAACACGUUUAAAGGGAGAACAUAGACCUGGUCGUAAUUAGACUCAUUCUAAAGUGAAGCCAACACAGGCAGCAACAUCCUGGCAAGAUUGUGAAUCAACGGUCUUGGCUUUCAGCCUGCCCUGCUCACAUGACUUGUGCUGCUCUCGGGCAACACAUUUCUUGCUGGUCAUAUCCAUAGCAACACGACCUUUGCACAGGACUACCCAGCUUGACUGGACUUUUGGGAAGAACGACAAAAAAAUUGGAGAUGUUUGUACAAUGUUUUAAUUCUUUAGAGUCUGAUUGUUAAAUCUGCUCAUAGUUUUAAGAUGUAAUUGUUUUAGGCUGUUCCGAGCAGGGAGCCGCACAAUGCUCCCCACUCUGGGAAGAGCAGCUAGUGUUAAUUUCAGUUCUGCAUUUUUGAAUGAGAAAUGUUUUUUUAAAUGGCUUUGCAGGGUUACUAGCUAAGGUUGUUUAGUGGGACCCCACUGCUAGGGUGGCUAUGCUUUGCAGCCUUUGGAGCAGAUUGUUCCUCAAAGUCCUUUUGUGUCUUUGGAAUGGGGCAAACAGCUGGUCUUCUCAAGAGCCACCCAAGAAGCCCUCUGUGUCAAGGACAGAGCUAGCCAUAGCAAGUCUUUACUUCUGCCUGUUGAAAGGCUGAAGUGGGAGGCUCAGACAGAUGAGCGAAUAAGUGUAUUUCAUGAGAUGGACAAUCGGAAUAGCAGAAUAUCUCGUCUGCCACUGAAAUCAUAUAUGGAAAG